CCGUUGUGGGUCGGGUCGCCAUGGCGACGGCGCCUAGCUAAUGGUCUUCAUCACUGUGUUGAAGGCUGCAGGACUCGCUUGUUAUCCAAAGCUGCUUUGUGGAAGACUUGCACCAACAACAGGGAAACUAUGGCCACAGGGCGGAGUGAAGAUGCGCUUGUGCAGCAGGUGAACCAACUGUGGACUAUGUUGGACGAGAUGUCUGAGAGCAGCCCUGAAACUUAUCACAAAUUCAUCAGCCAGCAGCUGACCGAGGGCAAGAAGCAGUUCUCUGCCCCAGAGCCCCACGCCUGCAUCCAGACCAACAUACAGGAACCCGGUGAGAGGGUGCUGUUCGUAAACCUUUGCAGCUGGAGUCGUGUCCCUGCUCCGAAGAGCAAUGCUGACCCUGUCCCUCUCAGCGGAGGGCCGAUGGAGGAAACGAUCAAUGGCACAGACACUUGCUGGGUCACUGAUGUUGCGUACAGCCCAGAGGUGAUUCAGAAAGCAAGGGAGGACCCUGUGGAGCGGGACCAGAUGAUCCGCCUGGCGAUGAGAUACAUCGAGGAGCAGCACCGCAUCCGCCUGUCGCACUCAUACAGGCUGCUGGGGCAGACGCAGACGGGCAGCAGGGAGCGGAUCAAGCAGCGGCUGAGCGAGAGAAGCAAGCCUGGCCAAGCUGUGGCCGUGGAGGCAGAGGCCAAUGCUAACGCCUCCUUACUGCAGCGGCUGACCAGCCUAAGAGAGGCAGAUGGGGAGCAGGACAAGGACAGUCCCAUCCACCUGCCCACUCACACCAACCAGCCAAACAAGCCAGGCCUCAUCCAGGAGAUUUCCAGCGUGGACUUUGAGUGUAGCAACACAGUGGAUACUCCAAAGUACAAGAUGUCCGUCAUCACUGAUGAGAGUGGGAAACCGACAAGCAUCCAGCUGAAGGUGGAGCUGCCUGGGGUUUCCUCUGUGGCAGACUGUGGUCUCAGCGUCUCCAAGGAUGACGUUGUUAUCGAUGUGGUGGCAAAGUACCGACUGCAGCUCAACCUACCCGAAACCAUCUGUGAGGACAUGGUCAGCGCCAAGCUCAGCAGGAAGACCCACACCCUGUCCGUAAGGAUGCCUAUUCUUACCAAGUAACCGGAUCGAAUCUCUCAAAUGUUAUGCAUUCCAACCUAUUUCCACAGACUGCUGUAAGGAUAUCGUUUCUGAUGAACGUAAUUGAACCAAAUGCAAAUAGCCAAAGUUUUCCCAGCGUGGGGAAUGGUUUCCUGUUCCUCAGAGAGCGCACAAUCACACACCUUGUUCAGCCAGUGUUCACAUUCAGAUUGGUUUGUCAUAUAAAAUUUCACAAAGAAUUGUAAAUCCAGUGCAUCAAAAUAAAUUCCCUUGAAGCUGUGUGCCAUGUGCUAUGUUAAUUAUUAAACUUCUAAUGUUUUAUGUGCAGGGAAACUAAUAAUUAUGCUGUGGAGCUCCUGGCAGCGUGCCUCCUUCAACACCACCUUCUCAAGGACGGUUACUACCCAGAGUUGGGAAAUCAAGAACCAGGGAACAUAGGUAUACAGUGAAAGAGGAAAGACUGAAUAGGAACCAGAGGGGCAACUUUUUCCACAGAGAGGGUGGUGGGUAUAUAGAAUGAGCUGUAAGAGGAGGUAGUUGGGGCAGGUACUAUACUAACAUUUUAAAGACAGUUCGACUGGAACAUAGAUAGGAAAGAUUUAGAGGGACCUAGGCCAAACGCAGGUGGGCAACUUGGCCAGUAUGGGCAUUGGACUGAAUGGCAUGUUUCCGUGCUGUAUAACUAUUUAUGACUGUACGAUAAACUUAGUAAAAUAAUAUUCCUAUACUUUACUUACUCACAAGGACCCCUGAGAUCUACCGUGCAAAUCCACUUAUCAAUGCACAGGAAUUUUCAGAUUAAGCCCCUCUUUAAAAGGACUGCAGCGAUUGAAGAUGAUUUGCCAUCAGUUCGCUUUGAUAAUUAGGUGGCAUUCAACGUGUGCUUCUUCAGUCAGCACCAGGCAUCCCAGGUUUCUGAAGUGCCGUCUAGACAGCCGAGAAAGAAGCUGCAACGUAUUCCACAUACAUUUCCCUGAAGGCUUGUGCAGUGUUUGAUCGCAUCAGAUAAUGCUUGUGUUGUAAGGUGCAGGCAGUGUAAAUCUUAAAAGGGAUCGUUUAACUGGGAGCAAAUGUAGACAGCCAAACCCAGAUGGCAGCAGCACAAAUUUACAUGGCACAUUUACUGCGAACAUGGUCCCCGAUAGGAGCGCACUCAAAUAGACAUCAGUAGGUACAAAGGGUCACAAAAGGCAAUCGAGCUGGCAAGCAGUAGGUAGAUCCAGGUGAGGGGGGUUGAUUGGCAGAUGGAGUUAGGGGGGGAGGAAAGGGUAAAGAUGGCGAUAGAGGCUGGGAGGAGGAUGGGUGGAGGUAACAAAGGGUUGCAGAUGAUGGAAUCUGAUAGGAAGGUGAGGUGCAGAACUGAUUAAGGGAAGUGAGGUGGGGAGAGCAGAUGGAAGAGUGGGGGAGGGAACCCAGUGAUCCUGAGAAUGGAGUUGCUGAAAUGGAUCUGAUAUUUUUCUGUUGCCUUUGCAUGAAAUAAACAUGUACAACAUUUUAAA